AUGAACCGAAACAAUCAGCCCAACUUACCAGUUAUAUAUGAUCUUUUGAAACAACUUUGCCGGAAUCUUGCUGGAGAGCAUUAUAACGAAGUGUUGAAAGAAGUCACUCGGCUCAUUGCCAACAAGCCAAAUUCGUUUAACUACAGUAGCAAUUCUUCCGUUGCCGCGAAUGAAUCGACGAUAGUGGCACGUAUCAACCGCCUUUUAGCUUCCAAAAGCCAAGCAAACAUAAAUGUGUUCAACGGUUUUUAUGAAGAACUUGUAUCAAUGACCGAAGGUAAACAAAGGACUCCGAUUUUGGAAUUUCUCUUAAAUCUUGCGGACUCGGACAAAACCGGAAAUGCCAGUGGACUUCAGGUAGAUCUACGUAACGAUGUUGGUAAUGUCGGGGCGCUUGAAAGCGUUCUGACCAAACUAACCCUAGAUUCCGGUAAUAGUGGGAGUCAGCGUUUGCUAAAUUCACGGGUCGGCGCUGGUGCCGGAUCAACCGGCAGUUUGUGCGAUCCCAAAGCGCUUGCUGUAGAAGACUCAGGACUGUUGCAUGGAAGCCGCAAUGAACUUGAGGAUCAACUGAUACAAGAUGUCAUAUACGCCUGCACCGGAAUCCAAGGAAAGUAUUUACGCAAAAAUUUUGUGACUGGAGAAUUCAAAUUGGACCACAUUCACGGACGUAAUCUAAAUGCGUGUGAUGCCGGUAUGCUGCUUAGAUUAGCCGAGGUUGGAUAUUUCUACAACAAAGUGUCCAAAUUCACAAAUCCAAAUAGUGACUCGUAUCUGAUGGGAAACUUCGGGCAAGGUUACAUUACCGCGCUACAAAAGGAGCUGACAAAUUAUUAUGGAUUGAUAGCGAACCUGCAGGAAUACCUCGAUCGACAACGUCAAUCGGGGGAUAAUACGGAACGGAUGACGCUCAUCCGUACAAUGGUAUGGCUGGUAGAACCUAUGGAACGUUUACAGUGGCUAGCGGUGAUUUCAGAAGCUUGCAGAGAAGUUAAGGGUGGGGCCCUCGCAUCAGCUAUUCACAAAUUUAUCUGGCAUGGCGAUCCGAUGGUACGAACCAUAUCUCGAGAACUGUUGCAAUCCGCUUGCAUACCACUGCAGCAGAUGCUCACCCUGUGGCUAACGGACGGCAAGAUCGUUGAUCCACAUUGUGAGUUUUUUAUCGAGGAGCUCACAGACGUCGGAUAUAAUCGACUCUGGCAUGAUGAAUUUCGUUUGCGUACCUCGAUGGUACCAUCAUUUAUAUCGGAUACGCUAGCAAAACAAAUACUCGUUAUUGGUAAGAGCAUAAAUUUUUUGCGUGAAAUUUGCAAAGACCGAUCUCCAGUGCCAGAACGAACCGAUCUAAAGAAAUGUCUCAGCGAGCAUUUAGAGUAUCUCUACAGUCCGCAUAACAACACGGAGUUGCAUGUGCUCAUAGACAGCGUGUAUUUAAAAACUUCCAAACGUGUACUGGACAUCGUCCUUGGUCCACAUCAACUUUUCAAUCACUUGAAAGCGAUGCGUGAUUAUCUGCUCCUAGGGCAGGGUCACUUUGCUGAUGUGUUGAUGGAAAACUUAAAAGAAGAGUUGGAUCGUCCGGCGAAGGAUAUCUACCAACAAGAACUGUUCUCUAUAGUGGCAGCAGCUGUGAGAAAAUCCGCCUCGGAGCAAGAAGAACCAGCUGUGUUGAACUAUUUAGAUGUGCAUUUCCUUAGCCCUUGCGAAGGCGACACCGGUUGGGAUGUAUUCUGUCUAACAUACAAGGUAGAAGGACCAUUGGUAACAAUCUUCCAGCCCGUCCAAUUCACAUAUCGAGCGCUAUUCAAGCAACUGUGGAAUAUGAAAAGAUUCGAGUUUAUUCUUUACGGCAUUUGGCGUAAUCACAUGUUGAGUACCCGGUGCUACAAACCAAUUGCCAAUGAUAUUAGCGUCAUCAAGCAGCAUCUUCAAACUUACUGUUCUAAAAUGAUCAAUCUUAUCACGCAGAUGCAAUACUACAUAUUGUUUGAGGUGAUUGAAUGCUCGUGGGAGCAGUUUAGUGCUCGAGUGAAACAAGCGAAAGCCUUAGAUGAUGUUCUUGAAUCGCACGAUAAGUUCCUUGAACGAAUCCGGACGGGCAUAUUCUUAGACCAGUCGACUCAUUUGUUUACAAGCUGCCUGGAGCAGAUAUUCAACUCUGUGCGUAAACUGGAUGCAUGGCAGGUAAAUUUCUAUAAUGUGUGCAAUCGUGAAAUGGAGCAACGUAAGGCCUUCGAGGACUACAUCAAAUCGAGUGAAGCGAAAGGUUCUUAUGGUGUUAAUGCCGAGCGAGCGCUUGAACGCGAUGAAGAAUUGCAGAAUUUUGAGGCCAAGCUGAUACAGUGCCAGAAAUCGCUCAACAUGAUCGGCGUGGAGUACGAAAAUUCGGUGCAUCAUUUCUUAUAUAAGCUGGCCAUAUCUACAACCGAAUCAUUACCGCAGUUAUGCAUGCGUUUGGACUAUAACGAGUAUUACAAGCACCGAGACGAACGGUUAAGUUUACCACUAACGUUUCAACACAUGCGCAAAAGCAUGGCUAGUAACUUUGGGCGUAAAUGAUCCUGCGACACAAUACUGUAUCAGGAUUAUUUAUCUGAAUCGGUAUCAUCUACAAAACCAACUCCGUUUAUAAUAGAGAAUGAGAAGAGAAUUGUAAAGCCGAAUGGAAAACUAGCACUGGAUAUGUUUGUCCAAAAUAAUUCAUAUUAUUCAGCCAAUUAUAACUGUUGCGAUUUAAUGUAGAUCAAACUUUG